AUGGAAGAACCCACUUUGUUACAACCACGACAGCCUCCAGUAGCACCGUUGAAGCCAUCGGUCAGCAUUCAAGAUGAGACAUUGUUUCAGGAUCUAUUCGCGACGCCUUUGCCCAUCAAGGAGGUGGAUGACCUAUUUGCUAUGCGAGACACCCUUUCGGCUGGAGACAUAUUACAGCAAUUUGAGACGAUUGCAGCACAGCUUACACAAUGGUUGAGCGUUGCACACAUGACAGUAUUCACUUUGGAGCAAAAGGUCAAGAUGGAGGAGGCUGGUGGCAGUGAUACAUCUGUUGUCAACUUGGAUACCAAGCCUCUUGAGAGCAUGAUGAGUCAAAUGCAGCCACUUGUGUCAGUGUUUGUGGAAGCUGGUGAACAAGUCUUGGAUGAUAUUGAUGAUGAUGAGCCAACAUUGAUUCAACGAAAAAUGUCAGUCAAAAUGACAAUUGCCAAGAUACAAUCCGAGUGGUCAGGGUUACAGCAUUUCAUGGCAUCCGUUGUCAAUGCAGUACAGAGCAUGGCUGAAGAAAAGAACUUGGCAUUGGCGAUGGAGUACAUUCUUAUUCAACUCGAUGACAUUUCCACCAUGAUUUUCCAGUAUCACGAGACAAAGCAUACGCAAAGCGCUACUACACCAUCCAGGAACAACUCGCUGAGUACAAAAAGUAGCAGCAUCGCCACGCCCUCUCCAUCAUUAUCAGGCGAGACACGCAUCAAAGACAACAAUGGCGAUGGGAUUCUUGUGACGAUUGAUGAAAAAGUGGAGCCUGUUUUUCGACAAGUGGAAAAGGUGUAUUCUCGAAUGACAUCCGAUCAUCCUCCCGCUGACAAAACAGGGGUCCUCUCACGCAAACAUGGCAUGGUACAAGAAAAGUGGGAGAAUCUUCGAUCCGAGAUUGACGAUCUUAAAGAUGAGCUCAAGGAAGAUCGAUGGCUUACCGUAUUUCGUCAAGUGGCUGAUCAAGUGGAUGUUAUGAUUGAUGGAUUGGAUAAGACAACAGCACAAUGUUAUGCCAUGAUUCAACAAGUACGUGAUUGGCAAGCACUUGGUGGUGGUGGUACGAGUGCAACAGCCCAUGAGAUGCAACCAAGAGGUGUCCUUCGUAAUGUACCACGACCCCAUCCAUCCACCACAUCCAUCUCAUCGAAUUCAUCGUCGGGUUCAGCUGGCUACAACAAUGGCAACAACAAUGGCAACAAUCAUCACCAUCAACCCCCUGUGGAUCAACACAAGUUUCGAUCAGUGGAGAAGAACUUUGAAGCAAAGUACAAGUAUUACACACCAUCGAUUGACCGCAUGCUGGCAAUGUUGGGCAAUGGGAUCGCAUCACGUGUGGGCCAAGAUAUGACAACAACAAGGAGACAUCAAUCAAUGAUACAACGAUGGAAUCAACUUAAGGCUGAGAUGGAUGAAUUACGAUCCCGUGAUUUACCAGAGACCGAACGCGUAUUACUUGGAGCAGGACAUCGGCCUAUUAGUCCAGCCUAUUCCCGCCUGAGUGAUCGAAGCGAUAGGAGCAUGAGCAGUAUGCGAUUUAGAAGCCCUGAGCCACCUUCGGGAAUGAAUCAUCAUGAUCUCGCUGAUUAUAUGACUGCUGGUGGUGGUGCUGCUGGUGGCGGUAGUGGUGGUGCUCGUGCGAAAAGUCCAUUAUCAAGAUCAUCUCGAACAGCUAGUCCUAUGGGUGGGAUAUCAUCUUAUUAUGAUGAAGGGAGACGUGGACGGAGUGCUACUCCCAAUAGUGGACGACAUGACAUGUGGACACGUGGAUAUGGAUCACCCAGUGGAAGAUUACAACGCAACGUUAGUCCAAUGUCAUUUAGCAGCAUCAUGCGACCAAGUACAUCCGAUUCAUCUUCUGUAUCGAGUGCAUCUAUUCCACAACCUCUCAUUACCACCACCGAUGACAACAACAACAACACCUUUACAUCAUCAUCACGACGACGAAAGACAAAGACACCAGCUAUUGAUGAACGACGAAAGAGCCGAAUACCAGCGACCGAAGAUACGUUUUCAGAACAACAACAUGAUGAUCGGGCCUCUUGGAUGAGACCAACAAAGAGUUCAUUGUUACGUAAACAAAAAGCUGAACAAGCCAAACGCGACACUGCCAGAUCAGCAACACCCAAUUCAUCAUCUUCUCGCUAUUAUACAUCAUCCUCAGCAACACCACCUCUUCCCACCAUACCCGCUCGUCCUAUGAGCAGUCUUGAAAGGCAAGGAACGACUCAUCAUCUUUCAGUGCAAUAUCCCGAUCGAGAUAGACGACCCUUGUCUCCUGUAAGACGAUCCGGCACCCCUUCUCUUAUUCCUCGUCCAAAAACACCUUCAGGACCAUCACGUGCAGCUUCACCUUCCAUGUUACCACGACCCCGUUCCUCCAUGCAAAUGACACCUCCUCCUCCACCAGCGCACAGCUCGCCCCCAUCAAAGUCAACCAAGAGUUUACGCAAGAAACAAUCCAUGCCCGCCUUAAUGCACCAUCGUCGCGCUGCUUCUCCUAAUCCACGCCUAUUCAAUGCACGUACACCAUCACCUCCUGCUGUCUUACGAUCCGAUGAUGAAGAAGAUGAGGAUGCUUAUACCGGGUAUGAAAAAGAUUAUCUUUAUGAAGAAGAUGAAGAUGAUGUUGCCUGGAAAUCAAGACCUACUACUACAAAGGAAAACAAUGUCACCUACCGACCCGAUCCCAAAGAUCCUCUCGAUAUGGAAGUCGCCCGUAUUGUCAAUGCCAGUCCUAUCGCCAUCAAAUGCCAAAAGGGUCCCAAUGGAUCUGGAAGGUACUAUUUUGGAAGCGAAUUAAGUCCUUCAGUGGGAGGUGGCAGAAAGCUGUAUACAUGCAAGCUGAUGAGUUACACGGGCCGAAGGAAAUCGGACAAGACAGCUGCACGUAACAAGGUCCUCGUUCGUGUAGGUGGUGGAUGGCAGGAUUUAGAGUUGUUUUUAUUACAUUACGGCAUCCUUCAUUAA